GUUUCAGAAGGGAACCUGUGUCUCAGAAAUUGUGGGUUGGCUGUGGGAAUCAAAGUAAUCCCAUAACUCCCAAACUAAACUACGUGCAAUAUUUAUUUUAUUUUUAAAAAUUAGAAUCCCAUUUAUCCACAGUUGGAUAUAAAUAUUUGUUGGAAAAAGUAGAGAGGGUGCACCUGCACAAUCUUACAGCAUUUGAAGUGAUGCGGUUUGGGGUUUUCUGAAAGCAUUUUCGUAGACAAUCACUUUGCAAAAGCACUUUGCAAUGUAGAUAGCAGGAGCCAAGAGUGCCAAUUUGAUAACAUAUCGGGAGGGGGGCAGGUAAGCCCCACCCCACAUAAUUGAUCACAAGAUGUGGUGCAUGCACAUCAUUUGGACCAUCAAUUUUCCAGCCCCCUCAGAUAUUUUGCAGGGGUGGAGAAGAGACAUUGGCCCCUUGGAUCCUCCUAUGGCAUGAGCAGUUGAUAAACCGUUACCAUCUGUGCAUGUCCUCUGUGACUAGCAUGUCACAAAUAGUCUCUUCAAGGCCACCCCCCCAUCCCCAAAACCUGGAAAGUUUCCUAAUAUGCUCACAGUCCACAGUAACACAGACUGCGCAGGCUCCGUUUGAUGCAUUGCGCUCAAAAUGGCUGCUGUAGGGUCAUGCUGCCACAUCACAAAAUGGCUGCCACGUCUAAAACAGCAGAAAAGAUUUCUAGUGAACCCCUGGUAGAAAAUGGAAGCCUCAGCUGCCCCAGAUACUCCAGGGGAUCAACUAUUCACAGACACACAGUUCUUCGUUUCCAGCUAUGCUUCGGAGAUGGGCCUCUUUUCAGCUGAUGGGUGCAACCCAGCCUGUUACCCUGACUCUGGGGAGCUUCUGGGAGGCCUUGGUGGCCUGGGCGAUGUCGUCUGCUGGAGUGACAAUGUCGAUCAUUGUAUUUCCUACCUUAACAAGGAACUGGUGAUGCUGGGGCUCCCUGCGCUAUAUAAGGAUGAUGGUUCUGGAGAUGGUGCUGAGCAUGGCUUUGACCUCCUGGCGUUAGUUAACAGUACUUGCAGACUGCUGAAUCUCUACCAAGGUGUCUCUGCCAAGCUGGGUGACCUGGAGGCAGAGGAAAGGCGACGAGCUGGAGAACUGGACUAUCUGAGGUCGCGACAUGGUAAACUCAAGGACCAGGUGGAAGCUUGUGAACAGGAAAUUGCAGCUGUGCAGAGCAAGGAGCAGCAACUUCAAAGCAAGAACAAGCAACUGAAUAGCAUGCUGAAAGGAGAAAAGGAUGAAAUCGCCAAGCUCCUGAAUGCGCUGGCCAACCAGAAGAGCCAGCACAGCCACGAAAUGAAAAGAAAGGAGCAAGAGUUACUCCGACUCAGGGAGAAGAUGAGCCAGCUGGUGACUGACAAGAAAGACAAGAGAGGAACAAUUGAAGUCCUCAACACCCUGCCCCGGGUUGAUGGUAAGAGAGCAACGUGGAAAACUGGGAAAACGCUUGGCAGGAAGGAGGAAGAGCUCUACCGCACCCAGCUAGCCAAGCAGGAACGGCGGGAGCAGGGCCUGGCUUUGGAGAAUGCCCAGCUGAAGCAGCUGCUGAGCCAAGUGGGCCAAGAUAUGGAGCAGCUUUUGGGGACUGACACUGCCCGGGAUGCAGAGCUAAGCUGCCCAUACAAGGCCUUCCAGGAGCAGUGGAGCAGGCUGAAGAGCAGCCUCAAGACCCUUGGGAGUCAAGCUGUCUAUGCUGCUGAUUCCUGCGUAUCUGAGGGAGGUGGGCAAGACCCUGUAAUCAGCGUGACGGAUCAUGAGAAGGAAAUCAUGAAGCUAAAGGGAGAAAUUGAGGAGAGCAGAGUGCUGAUUGCAUUGCAGCAACAAUGUUUCCAGGAGCAAUUGACCGCUGCCUCCAGUUCAGAGCUCCCAGCUCACCUGAAGGGAUCUUAUUUUCUGGAGGAACAGCAGUUGCUGCAAGAAGAACAGAAUAGGUUUGAGGAGCAGAAACAAGCAUUUGAAGUAGAGCGGAAAAACUUCACGGAAGCGGCCAUUCGGCUGGGGUGGGAGAGGAAGCAGUUUGAGCAACGCAAGGCCCUAUUCUUGCAGCAAGGAUUCUUGUCUUCGUGGCCAAGAUUCGAUGUGAGAGAUCCUUCCCGAAGGCUCUCUGCCCCAGUGGCUGCCAGGGGGGUGCAAGACGAGCAUUUGCUCAAACAAAGGACCUGGAACAAACCCGUCUGUACCCCUUAUGCAAAGGUCAUGAUCACUCCUUGCUGCAGCCCAGUGCAGGUCUUAAGAAGAAAACACCUUGCUUCAAACCCAACCAGCCCCACCAUGUGCAGGCAACAGCUGGUCCUCCCAGAUGACUGGCCAGCUUCUCCUCCACAGCUCUGGCAAAGUAAGAGGAGCUGCCAAAACACAGCUUGCCAAACUGAGGUGUCUGUGAAAGAUGAGCUUCAGGGUGACCUUUUAGAACGCUUCCUGGACAGCUUCCUCUAGGGAUGCUCUUAACCUUGCUACCUGAGUGGGUUUUUGGUUUUUUUAAAAAAAGUUCCAUUUCAAUAUAUUUUGCUGUCUUAGUUAUAAGAAGCUGAAAUGUUAAUGCGUGACUCCUUAACCUCAGUAGAACUUACAAGAGAUGGCUUUCCCUCAUUUGGAAUUCUAUUCAUUGCUGCUGCUUAGGAAAAGCUGCUAAUGGGAAUAAAAGAUGCAAUUGAACUGUUUUGUGUGCAAGUAUAGAAGUGAUAUAAUCAUUGCUGGUAACUGAUGCUGGUAACUGGACAUUUGAAUUUUAUAUGUUAAUACAUCUGCUCUUAGGGGUGUAAUGUUAAUGUCCAUUUUCCCCCAUCUGUAUCCCAGAACGUUCCAGUGGGGAAGGUUUUUAAGAAUUUACAAGUUAAGCACCCUGUUAUACCUCAUCUCUUUUAAAAGUUUUCUCCUGUUUUUGUGGCUAUAGAAUUCGGGGUUUCUUCAAGGGUUCUUAUCUUCUUAUAAUAAAAACGUGUUUUUAUC